GAAAGGCUUGCGGUGGCACUAGCGCUGCAGGCUUCACGGAGCGACCGUCUGUACGCUGAGGGAGCCAUGUUGAUGCCUGGUUCUGUGUCAACCGCUGCACUUUGGAUGGUUAAAGGACUGCGUCUCAAGGCCGGGGAGCCUUAUCGGUGAUUCCAGCAUCGCUAUGAGAAGAGAAGAGCGGCUUGGGAUGGUACACGCAGCGUCCGAGGAGAGCCUCUCUUAGGUCACGCGAUUGAUUCAUAGCAAGUGGAAGUUGAUGCUAGUUAGCCCGAUAGCUAGGUAGCAACAGCUGUGCGGGCGCUGAGUGGGAUGAGCCGUGUGGGCUAACACAACAUCGUAUUUUAUUUUUCUUGCUUUCCGUCGGGCUAACGUUAGCUGGACUGCCCGAGGACUCGGCUAACAACAACGGGGCCCGAUGGGUUCGGCGUAAGCUCGCGUUAAGUUGCCUUCGUAAAGCUAGGCAAGUGCUAGCUAACGUUAGCAUGCUGCCAGUCGACUCGCAUCUCUAGUCACGACCAACAGUUGUUACCUGAGUGGACCGGAGUCGACCGCUUACCACCGGAGCACCGUGUCGCGUUGUUCAAAAGCACCCCGGCCCCGAGUGGAGCUAUGGCGAUACACCCGGACUCAGUGGAAAGCUACCGAUUCGCUCGCCCAGCGGCGGCUAACUGGCUAGCAGCGUAACUUUCCUCUUCACGGAGUCUCACGGAAGCUGCGGAGCGCCCCCCCUCCCUCCUCCACACCCCGUACUUACCCGUCGUUAGCCGACAGCCCCCGUUACCCGAAGCAAGCUGGCGGCCCUCCGAGUAGAAGCCGAGGACAAGGAGCUGGGGCCGAUGGCCUGGGUGCUGAAGAUGGACGACGCCAGCAUAGAGUCGGGGCUGGUGCACGACUUUGACGCCAGUCUGUCGGGAAUCGGCCAGGAGCUGGGGGCCGGAGCCUACAGCAUGAGCGAUGUGCUGGCUCUGCCAAUCUUCAAGCAGGAGGACUCCAGCCUGCCUCCCGAAAGCGAGACCAAAAACCCUCCAUUCCAGUAUGUGCUGUGCGCUGCCACCUCGCCUGCUGUCAAGCUGCACGACGAGACGCUCACAUACCUGAACCAAGGCCAAUCUUACGAGGUGCGCAUGUUGGACAACAGGAAGCCAGAAGAGCUGCCCGAGCUCACCAAUAAGAUGGUGAAGAGCAUAGUGCGUGUGGUGUUCCAUGACCGCCGGCUGCAGUACACAGAGCACCAGCAGCUGGAGGGCUGGAAGUGGAAUCGUCCGGGCGACCGUCUCCUUGACAUCGAUAUCCCCAUGUCAGUGGGCAUCGUGGAGCCGAAGACUCACCCCUCGCAGCUCAAUGCCGCGGAGUUCCUGUGGGACUUGAACAAAAGAACUUCUGUGUUUGUGCAGGUGCACUGCAUCAGCACAGAGUUCACUCCCAGGAAGCACGGCGGGGAGAAGGGCGUCCCCUUCAGGAUCCAGUUGGACACGUUUGCCCAGGGAGACGCCGGAGAGUACACAGAGCACCUCCACUCCGCAUCCUGCCAAAUCAAAGUCUUUAAGCCAAAGGGGGCGGACCGCAAGCAAAAGACGGACCGGGAGAAGAUGGAGAAACGCUCUCCUCAAGAGAAGGAGAAGUACCAGCCUUCUUAUGAUACCACUAUCCUGUCAGAGACGAGGCUUGAACCCAUCAUAGAGGAUGCGGGUGACCACGAGCUGAAAAAGUCCAGCAAGCGGACACUUCCCGCUGACUGUGGCGACUCCUUGGCCAAGAGAGGCAGUUGCUCGCCGUGGCCAGACGCCUACGUCAGCCCCAACCAGGCAGCUACUCCCUCCUUUGCCUCCACCCCCCUGUCCACCUACACAACAUCCUCCAUACCGGACAGUGAGUCGUCCUCACCCAAUCACCAGGCAGACCCUGUCAGCCUCGGCAACUCGGAGGUCAGCCUCCACGCUUCUCUCCUGUAUGACUUGGUGGAAAGGCAGCUGAGCCCCACGGCCACCAUACAGGACGCACAGAAGUGGCUGCUGAAGAAUCGCUUCAACUCCUACGCGCGGCUGUUCUCUCACUUCUCAGGUUCUGAUUUGUUGAAACUAACCCGGGAUGACCUGGUCCAGAUUUGUGGGCCGGCAGAUGGGAUCAGACUCUUCAAUGCACUUAAAUCCAGGUCAGUGCGUCCCAGGUUGACGGUGUACGUCUGUCAGGAGUCCCCCCAGGAGAGCCCCCUGCUGGAGAGACACGCCACCAGUGAAAACGGAGAACACAGCAUUCCCUCUAGUUUACACGUGUAUCAUGCUCUGUACCUGGAGGACCUCACAGCUGCAGAACUGAUCCGCAAGAUGGCGUGUGUGUGCAACCUUCCACUGGGGACGAUCAACCAGGUGUACAGGCAGGGUCCGACGGGCAUACACAUCAUGCUCAGUGACCAGAUGGUUUACAACUUGCCCGACGAGAGCUGUUUUUUGAUCAGCACUGUCAAAGAUGAACUGGGCGAAGGACUCCAUCUGAUCCUGAAGUAGCGCGGAGGACAGAUGGCAUCACUAAUACUCCACCCUCCCCUUUGGAGCAGAAGCCUCCCUCUGUCCCUCUCUCCGCCUGCCUCGACUCGUUCCUCUUGCUUCCUCUCGCUCUCCCAACGAUCGCUCCACGGGAAGCAGUCAGACUGCGCUAAAGCCAUGUAAAUGUUAGAAUCUGACAUGGGUGUGUCCACUGUUUCAUAUUGAAAACACUAUAAUGGAGGAGUUUAGUUAUAAGGGGAGAGGCAGGGGGAGGGCGUGUGAUGUCAGGGGCAAGAUGUAUGUAUGUGUUUUGAUUUUAUUAUUUGUCCUUUGUAUGGUUUCCACGGGGAUAAGGCGUGAGAAGGACAGAAAGCAGAGUUUCCUUAUCGCUCGUUUUCCGCUCAACCAGCACGAGGCCAGUAUUUUGAUAACCUGUACUGCUGCACAGCAUGCGAUCUCGACGUACUAACCCGCUUCAGCGAGAACCCCGCAAUUUACUCUGCUUGUGUAACGUUGUGGGUCAGCUUAAUGAACCAUUUGUUAAUAAGCUGAGCCUGGUGACCCCCGGAAAAACAUCCAGGCUAAAUCUAGGGAAGUGGCGCCGUUGGUGUGUUUUGACACCAACAUUAAUUUCUUUGUUUUCCUUCGACAGACGGACUGAUUACAGUAACUAUUGUCACAUAGUUGUGUUAUUUUAGAAUUCCUGCCCUGUCUCUCGGUCUGUUGUCGUGACACUCGGCUCAAACCCCUUCGCGUUCGUCCUGUUCGGCUUUUACCGUUUAUUUUUAUUUUUUAGUUGCCGCUUUGUUUGAGGAUCGGCUGUUUCUAUGGCUCUGGUUGAACUCGUUGCUGGUGCCAUUUCGUCUUUUUAGCCUGAUCUCUUACUCACAAACACAGUGCACGUGCACCUCACCUUUGGCUCCUGUGCUGACUUUGAAACACUGGUUUAGAGGAGUGCGGUUUACUCCUUCUGGUACUUUCGCGAUAAACGCGAAGAAACGGAGGAACAAAACUGUUGUAGAAAACUGACAUGCAGAGCAUUAACGCCUACCCAAAAUACCUAUAAUGUGGACCAAACAGGUUUUGGAUGGAUAGUCUUUUAUUUAUUUUCUUUUGAGGAAAAGCCUCAUUGGUUCUACACAUCUUGGUCUUCUAGAAUCAUUAAUAGAACUGAUCCGAUGCAAAGUGUAACCCUCUCUUGUGCGCCGCACCACCCGUCAUACGGUGGUAGCCUGGUUUUUAAGAGUCUUGUCCCGUAGACUAGAAAAUUCAUGGCAGCUCCAUCUUCAUAAAACCUGUUUUUUAAACGUAACUGAACACAGGAAGUGCAGCUCACGUGUUCUCGGGUGCCGUUUGGAAAGGGACAGGAAAUCUCACACAGGUCCUCGUUGGUUUAUUUGACCCCCUUUUUUUUAAAGUUCGAUACACAAUGUCUGGCAGUGUUUCAAGUGCAUACAGUUUGCACGCUUCUAAGUGUCAGAAUGUGUGUGCAUGUGUAUCAAACCUUUAGUUCUUGCAAAGAAAACUUAACUAUGUCAGUAGUUGGUAUGAUGAAACUGUUUAGCUUGCUGUUUAGUAAAGAGCAUGUGGAAGAUGGGGGGGAAAGGAGGGAUAAAUUUGGUUCACUAUAACACUUCUUGUUUUUCCUUGUUAGAGACCAAGUCUGCACUGAGAAAUCACAAAACUCAAGCUCAGUGUGUGGUCAGUAGUCCUACAGCCGCACCCUUUUCUUACCCGCCUAUAAGGAAAACAAAAAAAAAAAAGCAUCCGUGUUCUGUCUCCCCGUGCGCCAGAGCCAGGACUGUAGCUCUUGUGGUUUUUACAAGGACCGUGUGCCACAGCACAUUAAGUGUGUUCAGUAACGGAACGGAUGUGACACCAAGUCAGGCUAACUCUGGUGAGCAGUUUUAGUCCCCUGAAAGCCUGACCAACCAUCUCGUCUGUCCGUGUGACCGAGUGUGUGUGUGUUUGAGAGAGAUUGUGUGCAGGAGAGGUGACCACUGUUCAUGUACAGCAUAAUGUCAAUGAUGAUGCUUCUCAUGUGCACAGUAUCGUAUGCUGGAGAUGUACACAAUGUGCUGGGAAUAAAUGAUUUCAUAACUUUC